AUGGCGAUCACUGGCGCAACCUCGGCCGCAUUGGCGCCACCCACAUCUACUCCUCCACCAAAAUCAAAGCCUCAUUCGAUGUCCAAAAUGAUGAUGUCAAACGGCUACUCUUCAAACUUUCGCAAAACUCAUGCUCGUAAAGGUGGAGCUCAAAUACCAUAUGGAGGCGAAGCUUCGGACAACGAAGAGGCCAAGAAGUUUAUAGAGAUCAUAAAUGAGGGUUUUGCAUUUGCUCAUAAUGGAGCAACACACCUUGAAAACUUCUUGCCUAUUUUGAAUUGGUUUAGUAAGGAGGGGUACGAGAAGAAGUUGGUGAGGAUUGCUGAGAGGGUAGAUAGGUAUUUGCAAGGUUUAGUUGAUGAACAUCGAAGCAAUUUGGAGGGUGGAAUUCGAAAUAGUACUAUAAUUGAUUUGAUCAUAUGCUUUGCUUGCAAAAGUCACAACCUGAGUAUUACACUGACCAAAUCAUCAAAGGGCUUACACUGGGGCGGAGCCACCUUUAGGCCAGAGGUGGCCCUGGCCCCUCCAAUGUUUUCUAAGUUUUCACCAAUCAAGGCAAUUUUGAAUCCUGGCUCCGUCCCUGUAUGGUACAUAUAUGUGAUCUUGCUAAUGGGUAGAACCGACACAUCAUCAAUCACACUAGAAUGGGCAAUGUUUAAUGUACUUAACCAUCCGGACAUCUUAAACAAGGCUAAAGUUGAAAUGAAUAAUCUACCUGGCCAUGGCCGAGAACAACGCUUAAUGGAUGAAUCAGACAUUUCCAAACUACCAUAUCUCCGAAGUAUCAUCUCUGAGACUCUCCAAUUGUAUCCACCAGGCCCAUUGCUAGCACCACAUUUUUCAUCUGGGGACUACACCAUCGGUGGAUUCGAUAUAGCACGUAACACAAUCUUAUAG